CAGUCGACCGUUAAUUGGAGCAACGUCGUAUGAGGAAAAGGGAAAAUGCCCGUUAUGUGAAGCGACGCCGUUCUAGUAAAGAGGAUGGCGCCAAGAUUGUUAGAGCACAGUAACUCUGUAUUUGAAAUGCUUUUCACCCGUCUUUACUUUCUUCUUCACUUUUCAAUGUUGAACUGUAACUGUAGUGAUCUGUAAUGGCUGUAUAAACCAAACGAUGAAUGAGAAGCAGCCUAAGGGGCUUUUAGGGUUUCAAGUUUCAACACAUCUCUGGUAACAGUUGAAUUUCCGAUCUGCCAGUGCCCUUUUCCAGCUGUCUCUCUCUCUCUCUCUCUCGACGGUAGUGAUCAAUGGCGGCCGUGGGCUUUCGGUUCCACCCGACCGACGAGGAGCUCAUCACCCAUUACCUGAAGCUUAAGAUGACCGGCCUCGAUGCCCUAGUCGAUAGUGUCAUGGGCGAAGUUGAUGUCUACCGCUUGGAACCAUCGGAAUUACCCUAUCAUUCGCUGAUUGGUUCUUUUGAGGACCAAGUGUGGUAUUUCUUCUGCCGUCUCGAUUACAAGUACAAGAACAGUAAAAGGGCUAGCAGGGCGACUGAGAGUGGGUACUGGAAAGUCACCGGGAAGCCCCGUUUCAUCUUGGCCAGAGAUUCUGGCGACCAAAUUGGGGUUAAGAAGACUUUGGUUUUCUUCUACAGAGCCCGCGGCGAUAUUAAACCCAUCAGUACCGAAUGGGUCAUCCACGAGUACAAGGCCACAGAACUCCUUCCUGAUCAGAAGGAGUAUGUUAUCUGCAAACUGAAGCACAAAGGGGAUGAUUGGACGAAGGGUAAAGUUAGCAUUGGUGGUGAACUUAGUCAUGGUCCUGCAACUGCAAUCCCAGUGCAAGAAUCAGCUACUGCAAUGCAAUCACCAGUGUGGCUUGAGGAAGGUAUUUCCAUUGAUGAUUUCUUAGGAGACGAUGUAUUCACCAAUGAAACUAAUAACGGGUCAACCUUUGGAUUCGAGCCCGAUGAUGAACUGGAUCCAGGCAGUUACCUUGUUAUCCCGGAUGAUGGCAUUCCACAGGUCAACGUAAUUACGGCAGGAUUUGUAUACCAAAGUCUCUCUGAACCAAUUGCAUCAUUGCACCAAGAUAGCAAUCAGGUAAUAGACAGAGGAGUUAUACACCAAGGUAUCCCUGAAGAUGAAGCUUCUUACUUCAUGGCCCAGGCGCAGUCCAAGCUUCCAAUUGCAUCAAUGUGCAAACAAAGCAACCUGUUUGUUAAGGAGAGCCUUGGGCAACUGACUAGAGCUGCAGAAGCUGGGAAGGGAAGAAGAAGGCUCCUUCCAGAAGCUACAAGGGCCACCAAGUCGUCCCGCUUUACUAAUGCGCAUUCGGCACUGGAGUCGAGCCCGGCAGCUUCAGCUGCGGAAGCCUGCAAAGGACCUGUUUCAGUCGUACAAAUGGUGGAGAUUCCAGCAAGUAAUGUGCUCAAUUCACCAACUGUAUAUAUCGCCAACAUACUGCUGGUGUUGGCGCUCUUCAAUCUCUGACCUGGCCAGCCUUUUCUUCGUUGAAAGAAGUGGAUUUGUAGGCAAGAGUCGAUAGCUCCCUUUUUCUUUUUGUGUAGGCUGUCGGGGUGUGGGUAUAAAUAUAGGUGUACAGGUAUGGUACGACAUGGUACUGUCGAGAAAUGUGAAAAACAUUAUGCUUCGCUACAUGCUUAAAUAUUAUAGGGCAAAAUUUGGCAGCGGACUAGGUUGCCGCUCCAAGCAGCAUCCUGCCCACGUGUAGCCUACUUAUUGGGCUUUUU